AUGACGGUCACGAAUCCCUGCACGAUCGCGAUUCUCGCUCUUGCUGGCAGCUCUGCUGUGCACGCCCUCCCAGGCGCCAGCUCGAGUGCGAGUGCCAGUGCCAGUGCCAGUGCCAGCUCCGCGGCUGCUGGGCCCACGGGGACCUCUUAUCCAUCCGGGUUUGACAUGACCAAGAGCUGGGGAAACCUCAGUCCUUAUGCAGACUCUCCCGGGUUCGAUCUACCGAAAGGGUUCCCCGUGGAAUGCGAGCUGUCGCAGGUACAUGUCCUGCACCGCCAUGCUCAACGAUACCCCACCGCGUACGAUGAUGACGGACUUAACCUGGCCCGGUUUGCAGAAAAGGUUGCAACUUACGCCAAGGAGCACCCGGAUACCAAGGUUGGCUCGGGGCCUCUGGAGUUCCUCAACCAUUGGGAGUACCUGCUCGGCUACGAGACGUUGCUCCCAACGGGCGCCGCGACCGAGGCAUCGUCAGGUGCUCUGUUCUGGAGUCAGUAUGGCCGGUUACUUUACCGGGCUGGCCGUAAUGAAGCUGCGUGGGAUUCGUCGCUCAAUGUCUAUCCGAAUGGCACUGCUCGGCCAAAGCCUACUUUCCGCACCACUUCCUAUCCCCGUAUUCUGGAGAGUGCUCGCUGGUGGCUGAGUGGGUUCUUCGGAAACACCGGUGCCAACAGCUCGUAUGCGGAGUACAACCUGGUCAUCAUCCCUGAAGAGGAGAACUUCAAUAACACCUUGUCCUCGACUUCUGUCUGCACCAAUGGAAGCGAGAAUGCUGCCAUUGACGAGCUGAUCUUCACUGGAAUUUCCACCAAGGCUGCGAACGAGCGCCUUGCGAAGUUCCUUCCAGAUGACUUUGGGCUGAACGCCACUGACAUCUUCGCCAUGCUGAACCUGUGCCCGUACGAGUAUGCGACUCUGGGUCGCUCAUCCUUCUGUGCGCUAUUCACGGAGCAGGAAUGGCGUGACUUUGAGUACAUUCUGGACAUCAACUUCUACGGCAACUACGGAUUCGGUGCCCCCAGCGGCCGCGCCCAGGGUAUUGGUUACGUUCAGGAACUGGCAGCUCGCCUCCAAUCCCGCCUGAUCAAGAGCAGUGACAGCAGCAUCAACUAUACCUACGAUGACAAUACCAAGGAUUUUCCCUUGCACCAGCCCAUGUACAUGGAUAUGUCGCACGACGACAUCAUUGUAUCUGUUCUCACCGCGCUGGGGCUGGACUACUUCAAAUACGGACCACACGGUCUUCCUGGCAAGGUUCCGCAUGCCCCACCCCGCAAGUUCCAUCUCAACGAGAUGACACCUUUCGGCGCGCGUCUGUUCUCUGAGAUCUGGACCUGCCCCAGGAAUGUCUCCUUCACGAACCUCCAGGAGCAGCUUUACAAGAACCCUGAUCUCUCUGCUGAGUCCAAUACCACCGACUACAUCCGCUUUGUGUUGAACAAUGCUCCCGUCCCCGUCGAGGGCCUGACCGCUUGCAAUGGCUCCGUUAACGGCUUCUGCCCUCUCGAGAAGUUCUUGAGUUCGGUCCCUAAGCUCACUGACGAGGCCAUGUACCAGGAGGCUUGCUUUGGUAACUACAACAUUACCGGGCAAGUUGGCAACGGCCAGCCUAUCCAAACAAAGAGCACAUAA